CGUCGUGCGUGCGCCUGCCAGGUGGUCGGCCGAUGCGGAAGUAGAGCUUGAAAGUUGUUGAAGAAAAAUGAUGGAUAAGCAACUGAAAGAAGACUUUGUCAGUAAUUUGAAUGGUACCAGUCUCGUAGAGAUAGCCCUUGGCUCUUUACUUGCUCCAUUAUGUGUGGUCAGUCGAGGUCUGGUAAUAAUUCUGUGUUUCCUAGGAGGGCAGGCACUUCCACUUUCAAAGAAAGCCCAUUUCCUAGUGGACUUCAUGUUGAUUGUAAUUCCUCUUGUAAUGUCAUGCACUGUUUUAAGUGAUAUGCUCUUAAUGGUUAUUUUAAGUUUUUUGGUCAUCAAUUUAAGUUUAUUUCUCCAAGUGUACAACAAGAGAAGAUCCUUUGUUCAAGACAGAAGUCUUCACAUUCUUAAAGUUUUUUUAGGAGGCAAUUUGGACAGCAAAGUCAUUCCUUCCGUGACAGCAUUCCGUGUGUUUGUCAAUAUAAAGACUGCAAUUAGCAUUCUUGCUGUUGAUUUUGCAGUAUUUCCAAGGCGGUAUGCAAAAACUGAAUCCUAUGGUACUGGUGUAAUGGACUUUGGUGUGGGUGCAUUUGUUUUGGCAAACUCACUGGUAAGUCCAGAAUCAAGGCAGAAUAACAUUUCCAAGUCAAAACUGUGUCAUGUCACAAAACAGUUGCUGUCAGUUUGGCCUUUGGUUGCCUUAGGAAUGGGGCGAAUAAUAAGCCUCAAAUUUGUUGACUACCAUGAGCAUGUCUCAGAAUAUGGAGUCCACUGGAAUUUUUUUUUCACACUUGCCAUUGUAAGAGUAGUGGCAUCUUCUCUCUUGACUUUUGUACCAGCUCGAAAAUCAUGGAUUUUUGCUUGCAUUAUUGGAGUUUUUUAUCAAACAAUUUUGGAAACAACGGGUUUAAAAUCCUAUAUUUUGCAAGGGAGUGACAGAGAAGAAGGGUUUAUAAGUGCCAACAGAGAAGGCUUGUUUUCAAUCUUUGGCUACAUCACUAUUUACUUAGCUGGAGUACAAAUUGGCUUGUAUAUUAUGGAAGAAAGAAAGCAAGUUAAAGAUUGGAUUAAAACAUUUUUUUGCCUUUCACUUGGAUGUGUGGGGCUGUUUUCAAUUUUAUUCAUAUGUCAGAGGUUUAUUGAACCUGUGUCUCGAAGAACAGCAAAUCUACCUUUCUGCAUUUGGAUAUUAGCCCAGUCACUGUUUUUCCUAUGCUGCUUGAUAUGCAUGGAUCUCAUCUUGGUUUUUGCAAAACUGAUAUCCAGAUGUUCUCACGUACCUUGUUCAUGGACUGUCAGGUCAAUAACCUCAAGAAAGAACAGCAUUUCAUCAAGCAGCUCAGAUAAAACUACAUUGGACAAAGAAAGAUGUCUUAUUCAAAGCAUAAAUAGAAAUCAGCUGUUUUAUUUCCUUCUCUCUAAUGUUAUGACUGGAUUAACUAAUUUAACUAUUGACACGCUCCAUCAAGGUGCACUGGUUUCCAUUUGUGUUCUUGUGGUUUAUAUGUUUGUAAACUGUUUUACUUUGUAUGUUUUACACCUUCAAGAAGUGUCUGUGAAGUUUUGGUAAACAAAAACCAAUAU